GACUCCGGAGAGAUGCAGCAGUGUGCUGGUCGCCGGCUGAGGCAUCGCAGCAUCUCCCCCGCUUGCGUCAGUUGCGGCUGUCGGUGCCGGGUUUUGGCUGGCAGAUGAGAUGGCGCCGAAAAUCGCGUCGGCCCGCUGGUGACUGCGUCGGCGGCUGAGAGUCGACAAUGGGCUGCAACAGCAGCAAGAGCAAGAACAAGGCCACCCUCAACCGGCUGUCGCAGUACCACUUGGCUGCGAUGGAGGAAUGCGAAGGCCUAGUGCGGUCACCGGUACCACUGGACGAUGAACCAAACCCUGAGGUGAUGCCUGUGCGAGCGCUACACAAUAUUUUCUACGACGGCUUCUACGCGCCGUAUGUACGCAACCCUGAUUACCUGCUAAUCAUAGACAUGCGACCCGACGAAAAAUUAUUCGCAAACGAGCACGUGCUCACAGCUAGGUGGCAUGGCAAGGUAGAGGGCCUUCAUGAGCUCCCUCCAGAUGCGGAGAAGGAUCCCCUGAGGCGUUAUUGGCACAUCAUCCUCUACGACUUGGACGGCUCGUCCGUGGGGCGCCCAGAUUCGGACAUGCGCCGUCUGUGCCGAAAACUACGUGACCGCAAGCUGGAGCCAAGCUGUCUGGAGGGUGGGCUGAAGGCUGUCAAGGAGCGAUGCUCGUACCUGUUGAGUCGGCCAAACAAAAGCCGUCCGAAGGUGCCAGAGCAAACGGACGGCCUCCGUCUGCUCUCCUGGUUCCCGUCAAUCAUCCUGGACGGCCGGCUCUUCCUGGGACGCAACGACCAAGCGGCUGACCCAGCCGUCCUUGACAACCUGGGAGUGUCCCACGUCAUUUGCACCACCGGACAAAAGCAACUGGAAAACAAGGCGUCGGACAAACGCAGACUGCUGGUGGCGCCGCCGUCGAGGCUAGAGGCAAAGUUCAAGCGCAAGUCCAGAGGGCCUUCCUGCCUCAGUCGGGGAUCCACAGACACGCUGUUGGACGACCCUGCUGUGUCCAGCAAUCUGCUAACAGAUAAGAUGGCCGAGAUGACCGCAUUUGUACGCGAGGCAUUUGCAGCAGGAGGAAAGGUGCUGGUACAGGGGGAAUUGGGCGUUGACAGAAGCGCCGCACUGGUUAUGGCCUUGCUGAUGCAGCAGUGCUCCUGCUCGUUGGAGGACGCCUUCUACCACGUCAAGGCGUGCAGACCCACGGUCCAGCCCUCAGAAAUGAUGCUUCAGGCACUGGCAAAACUGGAGGCAGAAAUUUUCGGAAAGCGACUCACCAGCAUUGAAGAUCUAUGCUAUUAACAUUAAUUGUAAUGUGUGUGAUUCCCAUGCAAAUUGGAGGUGCUCUAGAACACUCGGAGUAUACGAAAGAUGAAAAGGAUUGAAUUUGAGAUAUAAAAACGUUUGUAAGAAUCGCAGGAACCAUAUAUUCUCCAAAAUUAAAACACAGCGCCCUUCCACUUUAUACCGCAGCAACAAUAGCCAAUUUCCAAUUUCAUUUUAAGGUACGAACGAUUUUUAUACAGAAUUUUUACGGACCCUCGGACAGGAACGCCUAAGAGUCUAAAAGUUAGUGUGUGAAUAUUUUGCGAUGACAUUAUCAGGCAGCGUACCUCAUCAUCUCCACCCUAGAAAAACUUACCAUGUACCGAGAUAUCUAUUUAAGCAUCGCAUGCAUUUUGUUAAAAUAUAUCUUACAACGAGAAUAGUGAAAAUUUUCAGUUCUUGCAAUGAGGAUUUUGAACCAAACGAAAAAUCCUUAAUAAUUAACCUCAAAGUGUAAUUUACGGUAGAGAUAUUAAAUUAUGUAAAUGGCUAGCUCAUAAUAUCAACAGAUGAUCAGUCGCCUCAUUUAUGAUAUUCGUGUUUGUAAAGUGAUUGAGCAUAUAAUAUAUUAUAAUACAUACGGUUAAUUAGAAUGAUCGUUUUUAGUUAUUUUUGUUCUUGAUCAAUUUUAUCCUGUCCUAUAUAGGAGUAUUUAUAAAUUUAUUUGCAAUUUCUGUAAUAUCCGGCAUAUUAAACUCAUUGUGUUAUAAACGGUAAUGACAAAAAAUCUCAGCAUGGUGAGAUAUAGAAAACAUUUUGUAAAAUGCUCUUAUAUUAUGUAUUUGUUUUUUACGUUUUUAGUGAAAUAAUAUCUUAAACAACCCUUCUGUAGGGAAACCCGUGCAUUUGUAUGGCACAAAAAGUGAAAUAAAUAAACGUAACAAUAUAUUUACAGUAAAA